GGCGCGCGGCGCGUCGUGCGCACGGCGGCGACCGAAGGCGAGAUGACCCCCGAGGAACAGUUCGCCGCGGCGUCGGUCGGCAUCCCGGAUUACGACCCGGAUGCCAUCUUCCCGAGGACGAAGGAACGCGACCCGUACCGCCGACUCGGCAUAUCGGACGAGUCGACGUUCGAGGAGGUUCAAGACGCGAGAAACUACCUCGUGGAGACGUACCGCGCGCACGUCGCGGGCGUCGAGGCGAUCGAGCAGGCGUUCGAUAAGAUCAUCAACGACCGCCUCUCGACUCGUAAAAAAGCGAAAGGGAUGAAGAAGGCGUUGCGGAAGCAGAAGAAGGGGGAGAACUACGUGCCGCCGUUCAUGGAGCGACUGAAGGCGCAGUUCGAGAAGCCGGACCAGACGACGAUCAUGCGCAGAGCGCUGAUGUACGCCAUCAUGAUGGGGUGGGCGAUCGUCUCCGCCGGGAACGCCCCGAGCGGGCCCGCGUUCCAGAUGGCCAUCUCGUUCGGUCUUUGCGUCUACUUUCUCCACGACAAACGCGGCGGCGCCGCCGCGGGCGCGCCUCUGGGAAAGAGCUUCAUCAACGCCUUCGCCGCGUUGUCGCUCGGGUUCGUCGUCGGGUCGCUGUUCCCGUUGUACAUUCCGAUCUUCCCUCCCGCGUGGGGGCCGGAGCUGAUCCUCUCGCUGUUCUCCAUGGUGUCGUUCUUCAUCUUCGCGACGUUCUUGAAGUGAUUGAAGUGAGAGGAGGGCGAGAGGAGGGCGCGGAGCGAGGGAGAGAGCGCGCGGGGCGAAGCCGGCGAGAUGCGACGAGGCGACGCGAGCGUAUUUUUUACAGCGACGAGCCACACAAAUAUUA